AUGUUUGAAAUUGUGCUGCUGCUGCUUCUGCUACCUCCCAUAAUAUGCAAAGUAUAUACUCUGAAAUGCCCUGUGAAUGAUCCCUUUCAUGUCCCACAUGAGUGGUACCAGCCUGGUGGCUUCCUCAUUGGUGGGAUUACCCAUCAGAUCAUUUACAUUUCCCACACUGUUUCCUUCAAUGAACAUCCUUCUCAUAACCUGUUUGGAUUUCCAAUUGUGGUACCAAAGUUCUACCAGCACAUGCUUGCCUUAGCAUUUGCUGUCAAUGAGAUCAAUGAGAACCCCAAGAUCUUGCCCAAUGUCACGCUUGGGUUCCACAUCUAUGACAGCUACAAUGAUGCGAAGAUGACUUAUCAUACCAUUCUGGACCUGCUCUUCAAAUCACAGAGCUAUUUCCCCAGUUAUGAAUAUGGCACCAAGAAAAAACUCAUGGCCAUCAUUGGAGGACUUGGUUCUGAUGUCUCCUUUCACAUGGCAAAUGUCUUAGGUCUUUAUAAGAUGCCACAGCUCACAUAUGGUUCAUUUGCCCCCAAUGGGAGUCCUGCGAUGGGAAUCCCUUCCUUUUACCGCAUGGUCCCAAAUGAAGCCCAUCAGCAUACAGGAAUUAUCCAGUUGCUUCAUCAUUUUGGAUGGCUAUGGGUUGGGCUUUUUGCGGUGGAUGAUGAAAAUGGAGAACAUUUCUUACAGACCUUGGAACGUAUGUUUUCCCAGAAUGGAAUCUGUUCAGCCUUCUCAGAAAGAAUCCCAAAUCAAGCACAUUUUGACACUGGAGACAUUAUUGAUGCAAUUUCAAAUGUCUAUAUACCUUUCACAGAUCAAAAAGUCAGUGCAUUUCUCAUUUAUGGAGAACCUCUGACAAUUUUAUGGCUGAGAUCAGCUAUAUUUGGACGAGAUCCUGAAAAUAAGGAGAAUGCUUCAUUUAAAAAGGUGUGGAUUAUGACAGCCCAGAUUGAUUUCACACUAACAAGCCUUCAAAGGGGCUGGGAUUUUGAUCUGUUCCAAGGUGCUUUUUCCUUCACAAUUCACUCAAAAGAGGUUCAAGGGUUUGAAGAAUUUCUUCAUAUGAUAAAACCUCACAGGAUGGAAGGAAAUGGUUUUUUCAAGGACUUUUGGGAGCAAGCAUUUGACUGUUCAUUUUCAGGAAGCCAGGAUCUGAUAUUUGCUGAUGGAGCAUGCACUGGGGAGGAGAAGGUGGAGAACCUCCCCAGGACUCUCUUUGAAAUGCAGAUGACUGGCCGCAGCUACAGUAUUUACAAUGCUGUCUAUGCUGUGGCACAUGCUUUGCAUGCUGUUUCUUUAUCUACAUUCAACUACAGAAUUAAGAUAAGGAAUAAAUGUUUGGAACUUCAACAUCUCCAGCCGUGGGAGCUCCACCCAUUUCUUCAAGGCAUUUGGUUUAACAAUUCUGCUGGAGAAUCAUUAUCCUUCAAUCCCAAGAAGGAGAUGGGAAGUGGAUUUGACAUUAUGAACAUGGUUACAUUCCCAAACAAUUCCUUCCAUAGAGUGAAAGUUGGAAGGGUGGAUCCCAAUGCUCUUGAAGGAAAAGAAUUCAGCAUUAAUGAUGAUGCAAUAGUGUGGCACAGAGGAUUUAACCAGAGCCUGCCACUUUCUGUGUGUAGUGACUCCUGCCGCCCUGGAUAUCAAAAGGAAAUGAAGGAAGGGGAGAAAUUUUGCUGCUAUAACUGUGUUCCAUGUCCAGAGGGAAAGAUUUCCCACCAGAAUGACAUGGUUGACUGUUUCAAAUGCCCAGAGGAUCAGAAUCCAAAUAAGAAUAAAAAUGGAUGCAUCCCCAAAAUGAUGAGCUUUCUGUCAUAUGAAGAACCUUUAGGAAUCGGUUUAGCCUCAGCUGCUGUUUUCUUUUCCCUGAUCACAGCUUUAGUGCUAGGAAUUUUUAUUAAACACAGAGAUACCCCCAUCGUCAAAGCCAACAACCGGGAAAUCACCUACACUCUCCUUGUCUCCCUCUUGCUUUGCUUCCUCUCUGCUUUGCUAUUCCUUGGCCAGCCUGGAAAAGUGACCUGUCUCCUCAGCCAGCCGACUUUUGGCUUCAUCUUCUCAGUGGCUAUUUCUUGUGUGUUGGCGAAAACCAUCACUGUGGUUGUAGCUUUCAUAGCCACCAAACCAGGAUCUAAUAUGAGAAAAUGGGUGGGGAAAAGGUUGGCCCAUUCUAUUGUCUUUUCCUGCUCCCUUAUUCAAGCAGGCAUUUGCACUGUCUGGCUGGCAACCUCUCCCCCAUUCCCCAAUGUGGACAUGCAUUCCCUAAUUGAUGAAAUAAUUGUGGAAUGUAAUGAAGGGUCCCUCACCAUGUUUUACUCUGCCCUGGGCUAUAUGGGCUUCUUGGCCAUCGCAAGCUUCAUGGUGGCAUUCUUAGCCCGCACUUUACCUGACAGUUUUAAUGAAGCCAAGUUCAUCACCUUCAGCAUGUUGAUGUUCUGCAGUGUUUGGGUGUCCUUUGUUACCACCUACCUGAGCACAAGAGGAAGAGCGACGGUGGUUGUGGGGAUCUUCUCCAUCUUGGCCUCCAGUGCUGGGUUACUGGGUUGCAUCUUUGCCCCUAAAUAUUACAUCAUUGUGCUGAGGCCCCAGCUGAACAACAGAGAAGUGGUAUUAAAGUUCUACCACCAUAUCCUGGCUUUAUCAUUUGCUGUAAAUGGGAUCAACAAGAAUUCCCAGAUCUUGCUCAAUACUACACUUGGAUUCCACAUCUAUGACAGCUGCAACUAUUCAAUUAUGACUUAUUGUACAACUCUGGACUUGCUUUUCAAAUCACAGAGAUGUUUCCACAAUUCAGAAUGUGGAAUCCAGAAAAAGCUCAUGGCCAUCAUUGGAGGACUUGGCUCUGAUGUCUCCUUCCAUAUGGCAAACAUCUUAGGUCUCUAUAAGAUUCCCCAGGAGAUCAACAAGAGCCCAAAGAUCUUGCCCAAUAUCACUCUUGGCUUCCACAUGUAUGACAGCUACAAUGAUGCAACAAUGACCUAUCGUACCACUCUGGACCUCCUCUACAAAUCAGAGAGAUUUUCCUUCAAUUAUGAAUGUGGCACCAAGAAAAAGGUCAUAGCCAUUAUUGGAGGACUUGGAUCCGAUAUCUCCUUCCAUAUGGCAAAUAUCUUAAGCCUCUAUAAGAUGCCACAGAUAUUUGAAGAUGGUUUUCAGAUCUCAGUCUUCUCUUUUGCAGGCUGA